UUCGAAGGAAAUUCGCACCAACAAGCUUAUAAUUACAACCUCGCAAAGAACUGAAGCAUGGUGUGUGUGUUGCGUGUGUGUGCUUUGGAGGGCGGGUUUAUAGGGAAACCAAACAGUAUUUUGCCUCCUUCUCAUGGCUCAUCUGGUGUAGAUGAAAGCGAAAUCUGGAAGCUGCGGUUCAGAAGCGGAGGAGGUUUCGGGUUUGGUGUUCAGUUACUUCAUCGAUUUGUUAAAAAGUUUUUAUUGUUGUUUUUGGUUCGCUCUUGAUGAUGGCCACGUUCUUGGGCUCAGAGGAGAGCGCCGUGGACCUCCUGGACUCCAGUUCCAGUGCAGACAACGAUCAGAUCAAAGAGGGAAUACUUUUUGAUGGAGGAGCCGAAAAGCCGGACCCCACACAGAAGCCCCCGUACUCGUACGUGGCUUUGAUCGCCAUGGCCAUUCGGGAAAGCUCUGAGAAGCGCCUCACCCUGUCCGGUAUUUACCAGUACAUCAUCACCAAGUUCCCCUUCUACGAGAAGAACAAGAAGGGUUGGCAGAAUAGCAUCCGCCACAACCUGAGCCUUAACGAGUGCUUUAUUAAGGUUCCUCGCGAAGGCGGCGGAGAAAGGAAGGGUAACUAUUGGACUCUGGACCCGACGUGUGAAGACAUGUUCGAAAAGGGGAACUACCGGCGGCGGAGGCGCAUGAAGAGACCAUUCAGGCCCCCGCCGUCCCACUUCCAACCCGGCAAGUCUCUCUUCGGUGGGGACGGAUACGGGUACCUUUCCCCGCCCAAAUAUCUGCAGCCCAGCUUCAUCAAUAACUCCUGGUCUCUGGCUCAGACCCCCGCGCCCGUGUCCUACACGUCCUGCCAGAUGGGGAACGGCACCGUGAGCCCUGUGAACGUCAAGGGUUUGCCCACGCAUUCCUCCUACAGCCCGUACUCUCGCGUGCAAAGCAUGCCUCUGCCAGGCCUCGUGAACUCCUACAAUGGCAUGAGCCAUCACCCCCACCGCCCCCAUCACCCACACCCGCAUGCCCACCACCCGCACCCGCAGCAGCUCAGUCCCGUCUCUGCCACGUCUCCUCCAGUUUCAACGGCCAAUGGGACCGGAAUCCAGUUCGCAUGCUCGCGCCAGCCUGCUGAACUAUCAAUGAUGCACUGCCCUUACUGGGAGCACGAGGGCAAACACACGCGGAUUGAUAUAUAACUGUCCCUCGUCAUCUCUCCAGUUAGGAACCAGACUGAUCUUUGAUCUUUACACAUUUCAGAAGAAAAUAAAAAAGGAGAGACUUCUGGAGAAUCGGGAGGAUCACAACUGGAGGACCAGGAUUGUAGGAUAAGAACUGGAGUAGUCUUACAUUAAAAUUAAAAUAUGGACCAACUAUCAACAUUUGUAAAGAUUCUUAUGAAUGCUGGUAAAUUCACCAUUUUUCAUUAUUUUGUUGAUCAUUCUCUCAACUUGUCGACUUUCAGAAAAGUUGAAGAAGCAGUAAAACUGAAGGUGUAUUUUAAGUUGUUUAAUGUUCACCAACAUCAUAAACAGAAUGAUCUAGUUGAUCCGAUCUCCUUGAUUCAGUGUUGCAUAUUUAUUUAUAAUUGUUUGAGAGUAAUAGAUUGUUUCAGAAUUGCUUCAGAAUAACAUGUAAGCUAAACCAUGCUUACCUGAAACGCAUUGCAUUCUAAAACGGUGUAUAUCAGUUAAUCGAUUAUGGCCAGAUGCGAGUCAGGCAUCCCGUUUUGUGCCGAGGUCAGUUUUUUUUUUCGACGAAAGGCUGCUGUGUUAAAGUUACACAAAGGAUACAGACAGGUUGUAAUGUGUUAACUGUUUUAGAGACCUCGGGAGAUUAUUAUUAUUAUUAUUAUUAUUAUUAUUAUUAUUAUUAUUAUUAUUAUUAUUAUUACUGAAUCAUAUUAAAGUCUACAUCAAAUUUGGGGGUGUUAAGCACUUUGAAGCGCAUUUUCAGUUUUCUAUUUUUUUAAAUAAAGUCUUUUUUGUUACAGUU